AUCAAUACUAUUUUUAAUACGGAUGUAAACACUUAUAAAUACCUUCAUUGUGUUCUUUAACGUGUAUUCAUUUGUGUAUUGUACAACAAUGAUGUGGUCAGUUAUCAUAUUGUGUGUUUUGCUACCGUUAAGUAUUGGUUUAGAUAAUGGUUUGGCCAGAACUCCACCCAUGGGUUGGAUGUCUUGGGAAAGGUUUAGAUGCAACACCGACUGUAAAAAUGACCCGCAUAACUGCAUCGGCGCCAACCUGCUUAUGCAAAUGGCAGAUAGAAUGGCAGAAGAUGGUUACUUGGAAGCGGGAUAUGAAUAUUUAUCGGUCGACGACUGCUGGAUGGCAAAAGAAAGAAGCCAAAUGGGAACGCUUGUAACUGAUCCCGAAAGGUUUCCGAAUGGUAUGAAAGCAGUUAUUGAUUACGUACACUCAAGAGGUCUGAAGUUUGGUAUUUACGGAAGUGUUGGCAAUAAGACAUGCAAGGGUUACCCUGGAAACAAAUAUCACAUGGCUCGCGAUGCUGCAACAUAUGCUGAAUGGGGCGUUGAUAUGUUGAAAUUUGAUUGCUGUAACCCAGGGCCAAACUUUGUUACAGGUUUUGAACAGAUGGGGAAUUAUCUCAACAAGACGGGACGACCAAUAUUGUAUAAUUGUGCUUUAGCUAUCUGUAUGGGACCAAAGGUUGACUACAAUUUAGUAAAAAAAUAUUGUAAUACGUGGCGCAAUUAUGAAGACGUAGAAGACAACUGGAAAUAUGUCUUUAACAUCAUUGAGUUUUAUGGCAAAAACGACAAGAAUUUCCUGGAAAUCGCUGGGCCUGGUGGAUGGAACGAUGCAGAUCAGCUUAUAGUUGGUGAUUUCUCAUUAAGUGCGGCACAGCAGCAGACACAGAUUGGAUUGUGGGCUAUAAUGGCGUCACCGUUGUUUAUGUCGGUAGAUCUCAGGAACAUUGUUCCGACAGCGAAACAGUUGUUGUUAAAUAAAGAGGUAUUGGCUAUACAUCAGGACUCACUCGGUAUUGCUGGUAGAAGAAUCUGGAAUAUAGAUGAUCAUGCGGUUAAACUUGAAAGUUGGCUCCGACCAUUAAGUCCCAAAGGAAGAUAUGCAGUUGGAAUAUUUAAUAAGAAUGUUGGUGGUUUGCUGCAGACGGUCAAUCGGACCAUGUCUCAACUAGGACUAACGGAUGAAAAUGGGUACACCAUGAAGGAGAUAUUCACUGGAAUAUCGUACGGACCAUACAAAUUAUCAGACUCUCUGGUUAUCAGAAUACCUCCUACAAAUCUAUUUCUAGCUGUAGCUACCCCUGUUACAGAAAAGGAACUCAUUGUGUUCUGAUGUUGACACAAUAAAACCACUAAAGACUAAAUUGUAUAAAAGUAAAUGUAUGAAGAAGCCAGGUGGUACUUUUUAC